AUGGCUGGUAGUGAAUUUCACUCCGCGCCUGAGCCCAUUACAAACAUAGUUCUGGUGGGAAGUACUGGUAAUGGAAAAGCGCCACUGGGAACAGCCUGCUUGGUGAAAAACUGUUCAUCUCCAAAAUAUGGGGAGGAAGUGUUACCACAAGAUGUAUUCGGAGCUUAUGGCGAAGGAGGACCGGAGGUGAUGAUCGGAGAUGGACCAGAAGGAGAUCGGAGUAAUCGGAUGGCAAAACAAGCAAGACGGAACAGAGCCUUGAGCAAAAGGAAACAGAGUGCUUGA